UCAUUGAUUUUUUUUAUACUCGUGUCGUGUCGUGGGUAGUUGUGUCUUUAUAAAAUUACCGCAUUUUAUAAAUUUGAUAAUUAUUUACAUAAUAAAUUAUACAUUUCUCAGUGAAAUUAUAAUCAUUAUAAAUUUCAAAGUGGUACCUGAUAGUAUAUAUUAACCGAGAUGCCUCCUAAAAAGGUAGAAGAGCCUGAAAAGAAACCCCUUAUUGGAAGAGUGGGAACUAAUCUAAAAGUUGGCAUUGUUGGUGUGCCUAAUGUAGGAAAGUCUACAUUUUUCAAUGUGUUAACUAAAAGCCAGGCAGCAGCUGAAAAUUUUCCCUUCUGCACCAUUGAUCCUAAUGAAAAUAAGGUACCAGUACCAGAUGAGAGAUAUGACUAUCUUUGCGAGUAUCACAAACCCGCUAGUAAGGUGCCAGCGUUUCUGAACGUGGUCGACAUUGCGGGGUUGGUGCGCGGAGCCGCAGAAGGCCAAGGAUUGGGCAAUGCCUUCUUAUCACAUAUUAAAGCUUGUGAUGCCAUCUUCAACUUGUGCCGAGCAUUCGACGACGAAGACGUAAUUCAUGUGGACGGUGAUGUAAAUCCUAUAAGAGAUCUGGAAACCAUUGGUGAGGAGCUCAGACUCAAGGAUGAAGAGCAGCUAUUGCAGAACUUGGAAAAGUUGGAUCGUGUCGUUAACCGCGGCAAUGAUAAGAAACUCAAGCCGGAAUAUGAUUCAUUGCUGAGGAUUAAAGCCAUUUUAGUAGAUGAAAAGAAACACAUCAGAUUCGGCGAUUGGAGUGCUGCAGAUGUAGAGGUACUCAAUAAAUACUUAUUCCUAACUUCAAAACCGGCGUUAUACCUCGUGAACUUAUCUGAAAAGGACUACAUUCGGAAAAAGAACAAAUGGUUACCAAAACUCAAAGAAUGGAUCGACAAGAAUGAUCCUGGAGCGCCAUUAAUACCGUUCUCUGGAGUUUUAGAAACAAAACUAUUAGAUAUGGAGCCUGUUGAAAGACAAGCAUUUUUAAAAGAACACAACAUUACAAGUGCACUGGAUAAAAUUAUAGUGCAAGGUUACAAGGCAUUGCAAUUAGAAUACUUCUUUACGGCUGGUCCCGAUGAAGUUAAAGCUUGGACAAUUCAGAAAGGUACAAAAGCGCCACAAGCUGCAGGCAGGAUUCAUACAGACUUCGAAAAAGGCUUCAUUAUGGCUGAAGUAAUGCAUUACAAAGAUUUCAAGGAGGAGGGCAGCGAAGCGGCGUGCAAAGCAGCCGGCAAAUAUCGGCAACAAGGCCGAAACUAUGUGGUUGAAGAUGGAGACAUAAUAUUCUUCAAAUUCAACGCUGGCGCGGGACUGAAGGACGCCAAGAAGAAAUGACGUGAUAAGGUGCUGCUGCUGUUAGUACACAUGUUGUACUUGAACCUCGUACUCUAUACAUUACUACACGUCGCUUAAGCUAAGAACUGUUUUUUAAUAAAUUAACUAUUUAUAUUUCAACUCCAAUGGAAUAAAGCUUGUUAAUGUUUGUACAAGGAAGUUUAUUUGUGAAAUCUUUAAAGAAAUCGCUGGAAUAAAAUAUGUAAAGAUA